AUGAGCACCCAGGGCCACCAGAGUUAUACCCGUGAGGUGCAGGCCGCCCUCGAUCGCCUGAUCAACAUGCAUCUGCAGGCCUCUUGUACCUACCUCUCUCUGGGCUUCUAUUUCGAAGGUAACCGCGUGGCUCUGGAGGGCGGUUUCUUCUUCAAGUUGGCUGAGGAGAAGCGUGAGGGUGCACAUCGCCUCCUGAUGCAAAACAAGUUCAGUGACCGCUCCCUCUGCCAGGGUGGGCAGAAGCUGACCCAAGAGGAGUGGCAUGAUUGCCUGGAUGCCGUGGAAGCUGCCCUCAUCCUGGAGAAGAAUCUGAACCAGGCUCUUUUGGAUCUUCAUGCCCUGGGUUUGGUCAACACAGACCCCCAACUCUGCUUUUUUCUGGAGAGCCACUUCUUAGACCAGGAGGUGAAACUCAUCAAGAAGUUGGGUGAGCAUCUGACCAAUCUCCGCAGGCUGGCUGGCCCAGAUGCGGGCCUGGGCGAGUACCUCUUCAGAAAGCUCACCCUCAAGGGUGAUUAG